AAUGGCGGCGGCGGCGGCGGCGGCGGCUGGGCUUGCGGCGGGAGAGCCGCUGGAAGAGGCUGCCUAAAACCGUCCCAGGCGGACCGCAGGGAGAGGCCGGCGGCGCCUGGCGAGCCCCCCGGCCGCUUCCUCUUCCUCCUCCUCCUCCUCCCCCGCCCGUGCAGCCCCCUCGCGGCUCGCGUUGGCGAGGCCCGAGCCGGCCGCCCCUAGCUUCGAGGCGCCGCCAUGGAUGCGGGGGCGCCGGGCGCGGACGGCGGAGGUGGCCUGGGAGGCUUCGGAACCGGCCGGAGGCCUCCCCGGCCCGUGGGCCCCCUCGCCGUGGUUUCGCGACAGCCCAGCGUGGAGACCUUGGACAGCCCUACAGGAUCCCAUGUUGAAUGGUGCAAACAGCUAAUAGCUGCUACAAUUUCUAGUCAGAUUUCAGGGUCAGUGCCAUCUGAAAGCAUAUCCAGAGAUUACCGGGUUUUCAGGAGGCCUGACAUCAGGAACACCUAUAAAACAGGAACAAGAUUGCAGGAGGUUCAGGACGGACACAAUGGCUAUCAUUCUGAAGCUGGAGCUGAUCAGGCUCUGAGAGAUGGAAACAAGCUGGCCCAAAUGGAAGAGGCACCCCUUUUUCCAGGAGAAUCAAUCAAAGCAAUAGUUAAGGAUGUCAUGUACAUCUGUCCAUUUAUGGGAGCAGUUAGUGGAACACUGACAGUGACUGAUUUCAAGAUGUACUUCAAAAAUGUAGAGAGGGAUCCACAUUUUAUUCUUGAUGUUCCUCUUGGAGUGAUAAGCAGAGUUGAAAAGAUUGGAGUACAAAGUCAUGGAGAUAACUCUUGUGGCAUAGAGAUUGUUUGCAAGGAUAUGAGAAACUUGCGACUUGCCUAUAAACAAGAAGAACAGAGUAAGCUGGGGAUAUUUGAAAACCUCAACAGAUAUGCCUUUCCUCUUUCCAAUGGGCAGGCUUUAUUUGCAUUCAACUAUAAAGAAAAGUUUCCAUCUAAUGGCUGGAAGGUUUAUGAUCCCGUAUCUGAAUAUAAGAGACAGGGUUUACCAAAUGAGAGCUGGAAAAUAUCCAAAAUAAAUAGUAGCUAUGAGCUUUGCGAUACAUAUCCUGCUAUUAUUGUUGUGCCAACUAGUGUGAAAGAUGAUGACCUCACAAAAGUAGCAGCAUUUAGAGCAAAAGGCAGAGUUCCGGUCUUGUCCUGGAUUCAUCCUGAGAGUCAGGCAACAAUAACUCGAUGCAGCCAGCCACUUGUAGGCCCGAAUGAUAAACGCUGCAAAGAAGAUGAAAAAUACUUGCAGACGAUAAUGGAUGCAAACGCCCAGUCACACAAACUUCUUAUCUUUGAUGCCAGACAGAACAGUGUCGCUGAUACUAACAAGGCAAAAGGUGGAGGAUAUGAAAGUGAAAGUGCCUAUCCAAAUGCUGAGCUGAUAUUCUUGGAAAUUCACAAUAUUCAUGUGAUGAGAGAAUCAUUACGUAAACUGAAAGAAAUUGUUUAUCCUUCGAUUGAUGAGGCCAAGUGGCUGUCCAACGUGGAUGCAACACAUUGGUUGGAAUAUAUAAGGAUGCUUCUUGCUGGAGCAGUAAGAAUUGCUGAUAAAAUCGAAUCUGGAAAAACAUCCGUGGUGAUACAUUGCAGUGAUGGCUGGGAUCGAACAGCACAGCUCACAUCUCUGUCUAUGCUCAUGUUGGACAGCUAUUACCGCACCAUUCAAGGAUUCGAGGCCCUCAUAGAAAAAGAGUGGACGAGCUUUGGGCACAGGUUUGCAUUGAGAGUAGGCCAUGGUGAUGACAACCAUGCAGAUGCUGAUAGAUCCCCUAUAUUUCUUCAGUUUAUUGAUUGUGUCUGGCAAAUGACGAAACAGUUUCCCUCAGCAUUUGAAUUCAACGAACUCUUCUUGAUUACCAUCCUGGAUCACCUUUACAGUUGCCUCUUUGGGACUUUUUUGUGCAACUGUGAACAGCAACGGUUAAAAGAGGGUGUGAAUACAAAAACUAUAUCUUUAUGGUCUUAUAUCAACAGCCAGCUGGAUGAGUUUUCCAAUCCCUUCUAUGUGAAUUAUGAAAACCAUGUUUUAUAUCCUGUUGCCAGCCUGAAUCAUUUGGAAUUAUGGGUAAACUAUUAUGUCCGAUGGAAUCCACGAAUGAGACCUCAGAUGCCAAUUCACCAGAAUCUGAAGGAGCUGCUUGCCAUCAGAUCAGAACUCCAGAAGAGGGUGGAAGAUUUACAGCGAGAAGCUGCUACAAGAUCUAUUUCAUCCUCUUCGGAUCGAGGGUCCUCUCCUUCCCACUCAGUCACUCCAGUACAUACGUCUGUGUGAUGUGGCAUGGAAGCCAGGAAUGCUUCUGAAAAUAGGAUUCUCCAUACCUAGAGUGUACUUGUGAGACCUUCGUAUCCCCUAAAUAUCCACGUCCCACUCCCUGCAAAAUCCACACAGUUGUGAAGUGGGGCGCGGUUGGACUUGUUAGGACAGGAUUUUGUCAUUUUAGACUUAGGCCAAGAGUUUCUUUAAUCUCUAUCGUGGUGUUUGCAAUAAUUGAUCUUUUGUGUGGCUACUUUGACAUCUUUGCAGAACUCUGUUUUGUGAGCAACCGUGACUUAAUUUGGAAUUGCCAACAAUUUCUCCAUCUUUAAAAGUAUUCUAUCCAAAUUAUUCUAUGAGAAAGCACUUAUGCCUUAGGCAGCUUUUGAGAAUCCAGUGCGAAUGGACUGUCAUGCUUACCUUGAAGGCAGCUUCAAGGUGUUUUUCAAAAGCAAAUGCAUUACAAAACAAGACAUUUUGUACCUAAAGAUUAUGUGUCAGCCAGCAAAGUGAUUUCUCUAGGUUAUUUGAUAAAACUUAAACCAACUUUUAAGUAUUUUAUGGGGAAAGAAAAAGCAUUGUUAUAUUUGUGGUGAGAUGUUUCCUUGACAAAAGGAAUAACCCUUGACAAGUGAUGACGUACAUGUACAAAAUUGUUCUUUUAAAGAGCCAAUUCUUCUCCAUGCUUUUUCACACUUAAAAUGGACGUGUUCACAUUCCUUGUGAAGGUGUCAGAUGAGUUGUGCUGUAUAUGAAAUUAUUUUAGCUAAAUCUCAUGGCAAUCUUUAGAGUACGGUACAUUGGGAUCAGGUUCUCAAAAAUUUAUAUAUCAAUAGCAUAGAAGCACUUUAAGUCUUGAAACAUGCACACCAGUCUAGUAUUAUUUAUUUGCAUGAAUAUCAAUGGUUGCACAUUGUUUCCUGCAUUUCCAAACUGCUGAACAUAAAGGACUUCUUUAAUUUUGUUUUUAAUAUUAUCUGUUUAAUUGGAUUCCUUUAAGUUCGAAUUAUUACUUUCUCAGUAUAUAUUUUAUAUCAAAUAUUUCUAAUUUUAUUGGAAUACCUUUUCUCAAGUUUAUUUCUUAUCUACUACAUGUUAUCCUUUUUUAAAAAACAAAGUCAUCAGUUAUAGACUCUGGGUGUAAAAAUUUUUGUUUAGUUUUCCUUUUCAGCCACUAAAGCCAAGUUGUUUUAAAGCUAGUCAUUUCUUUUAUGGGGAAUUUUCUGUGCAGUUACCUCACACAGCUCUACUUCCCAGCCUUGAGCUCCAUGACUCAAUCAGGGUUUCCAUGAAUGUAGUACUAAUCAGUUGAUUGUAUGUGCUAGGAGUAUAGCUCUUAAUCGCAUUAUAUGGUAUAUAUUUUAUAGCAUUGAUAUUGUAGGUUUCUACCAUGUGCCAACAUAUUAACACUUGUUCAUUAUCCCAAGUGAAAUGUACAUUAAUGUACAGUACUCAGAACACCAACCAAUGUCACCAAUUUAGAACAAAGAGAUAAGCCAUCCUUUAUCAAGAGAAGAACAUCAACUGUCCUCAGGAGACUUUAGUUGGCCUAAAAUUACUGUACAUUAACAAUGACAUUAAUGGUGACCUCAUUUUGGAGAAUUACAGUCAAAUAAUUGAAAAACAGACAUGUUUCAAUAAGUUUCGAGCCUAGCUUUUAAAUACAGGGUGUCCCAAAAGUCUUACUGUGUGUGUCUUAGAUUUUCUGUUACAAGAAGUUAUUUUCUUGUAUGGUGCCAGAAACAUUUAUAUUAAUAUCUAAAGAAAAAAGUAUUCAAGGUAAUUGUUUGAUAGUUUCAGUUGAUUCUUACUGUCUAUGGUAGGUGCCUGAAUAGUAUGUUUAAUAAUAAUUGUUUAAGGGAAAUUAGUGCUUGAUUUCAGCCAGCAAACGUAAGUGUCCUCCCCAAAUAUAAGGGAUUACCGGAGUAGUGGAUGAAUGGCUAAGGGAUUAUUUAUUCCAUUUCAUUUGGGGGUAGAUGAUAGUAAGCAAAAUUGUUCAAAAUUGUUCAAAUCAAGUUUUAAAAUGAGUACUGUGAUGUAUUUCCCUCAUUUAAUGGGUUGUCAUUCUAGACUGCAGAUGAUGAUGAGUGGAAAUUGCUUUUUAAAAAUCCAUUUCCCUUUUUUUGCUUCCUAUUAUUUGAUGCAAUCAUACAGCUACAGCAAUCCUGUUAACAUAGAGUGGGUUAAAUGGCCAUUUGGAUAAAACCAGAUCAUUUAAUCAGGUACGUUAGUUAUUCUUGACUAGAUAUGCUGGCCUUUUCUUGGGGAGAAUGGCCUGACUAGGGCAUUGGUGCCUUCCUAGCCACUUCACCCUAGUGGACCACACUUUGAGGCCAGGGCAUGAAUUCUCAGAACAUCCAAGGUCCAAGGUCAUAGUCUAGGUAAGAUUACCUCUAGUCUUAAGGAAAUCUCUUCUAGUGAUCUGAAACAAGCACAACAUAGCUUUUUGGGGGGGGGG